UGGUUGUGCGUGUGGCAGCGUGGUGGUGGUCUCGCGCGUGUUUACGGAGUUGGUGUACACAAGCCUACACAUGUGUGUUAUUAGAGUGUGUAACCGUGUGUACUGGCGUGUACGUGUGUCCUGGUGCCUACCCUGGCUGUGUGAACACCCCGUGGUGGUUGUGGAGGUGGCAGAGAGGGUGUAGUGUGGUGUGUGUGAGAGUGUGUGGCUGGGGUAGGUGAGGCAGGACUGGGGGCUAAGCAAGAUGGCGAUCCUUGGCCCCUGUGACGGGGUGUGUGUGGGGGGCGCCUAGCACACCUCCCUCACCUCACACACCACAAACUCACACUCACCAUAAAUAAAUACUUAAAUGGGGAAAUUUCCAUGGUGCAAGUGAGGGGCUAGUGGUUCAACUACAAAAACUAUUGUGUGUACAUUAGGCUGAAACUGCCAGCCAAGGUGGUUACAAAGCAUCUUUACAUCUACUGUAUUUACUACCUUAACUCUCCACUCGGUUACAAAAACCACCAAAAAAAAGAGUGAAUGAGCUAACCUUGAUGAUGGACCACAGCUAUGUUAGCCGCCAGCAUCCUCCUGUGGAGCAAGAGCCUUCUAGUAAUAUUCCCCGGUCCCCUGCUGGAAGACGUACUGGACGGACCCGUAGUGUUUCUGAAUCUGGCCAAUGCCAGAUUUCUGCUUCAGAUGCUACUCAUAGGCUAUCUACCUUAGCAACACCAGGACGCAUAUCUAGCAAUACCUUGCAUGACACACUAACAAAAUCUGAGCGACCAAGAAAGUCUAGACAUGCAAGUGGAAAAGUGCAUCAUAGUGGCCGCAGUGCACGGGAUGGAAAGUCACCUAAUCAGGAAGGCAGCCAAGCCAGAAAGUUGUUAUAUCCACCAAUUUCUGGAGGGUCACGGGAGGAAGAUGAGAGCUCAUCUGAAGCUAAAAGAUCUCGAGCAACACCUUUGCCAGAUAUCAUGCAUGAUUGGGAAAUCAUCGUGAAAUCCCUAAAAGCUAAUGAACGUCGUGAGAAACAAGAAGUUACCAAGGCAUCUAGUUCAACUGGUGAUAAGAGUAACCAAGGAGUGGAGCACAAGCAUGUAGAACGAAGACCCACAGAUGAAACUAUUAAUACUAAUGGUAGAUUGGACUUCUCAGAUGGUCAGCAUAAGAUACCAGAAGAAUCUGUUCCAGAACCUUCCAAAAGUAUUGCAGAGGCUGAUAGUGAUAAAGAGAAUACAAGGCUAAAUGAGUCAGUAAUUAAAGAACAGAUAGAUGUAAGAGAGCAGUUAGACGAUGUUGAGAAUAAUGAUGCUCAAAGUCCUGCCACUGGCACUACGGAUGCUCUUGAGAAUGGUCAACACAGUUCAGAUAAUUCAAAAAAUAUAACUAGUUUAGGAGAAACUAAAUCUGCUAACAAGCUCGGCCCUUCUGGAAAUAAAUGUGAAGUACAAAUCUUAGUAAGUACAACCCUACCUGGAUCACAUUCUGCUACCGAUUCCAAUAAAAUUGGUGAGGAUAGUGAUGAUAAACUUGAAAAUAAUAGCUGUGACGCUGAUAGAUCACAAGUGAAAAAGGUAAAUGAAGAAAAUAAAGUUAAAGAGAAAACUGAUGUCUCACCUGUAUCACCAGUGAAAAAAGUAAUUGAAGAAAGUAAGUUUAAGGAGAAAGUUGGUGUUUCACCAGUGAAAAAGGUAAUUGAAGUAAGUAAAUUUAAGGAGAAAAUUGGUGUUUCUUCUAUAUUGCCAGUGAAAAAGGUAAUUGAAGAAAGUAAUAUAAAAGAAAAAAUUGGUGCCUCACCUGUGUUAUUAGUGAAAAAGGUAAUUGAUGAAAGUAAAUCUAAAGAGGAAAUUGGUGUAUCAUCUAAUCCAGUUGAUGAUCUUAAUGUUGUCAGUGCAUCUACCAAGGUUCAAAAAGUGACUGUGGAGGACCCUUUAUUUGAAAGCUCUGAAAAUAAGAAGGAAAUUAGUAGACAUAUAAAUUUUUCUGUAGAACAGAAAAAAGAUGAGCGAUUGUUGUACUCUUCCUCUAAAACCAGUGGUAGUAUUAGAACAUCUAAAGAUUUAGAAAUACAUAGUGAAAAGGAAAAACAGACACAUCAGGUAGAAAUGGCAACAUCCAUUGCAAAGUGUAGUAGUGAUAUAGUGGUAGAUAGUGCAUCAUACAGUAGAGCUAGGAGAGGGAGGGGAAUGGAAUACCCCUCCAGUGAAAUACUACAAGACCUAAUCCAAAGGGAUCCAUCUUUGGAACAGUCUUCAGAGGAUAAUGUUAGUGAUUUAAGUAACACGUCAAAGAAAUCUGAAACUGAAAUAACUGAUUCAAAAGUGUGCGUACAAAAUAAAGCUGUAUUAGAACCUAUUGAAGAAAACAGUCAAAAAAUUUCUCUCCUCAAAAAGGAUAGUUUAUCAAAAUGUGAAGCUAGUAAUGAAGACAGAUGUAAAACACAGUUUAAGAGACAAAAUAAUGAUAGGAAUAAACCGAUAAGUGAUUCAAAAAAUAUCAAAGAAACUGACCAAAAUUUUAUAAGGGAAGGAAAAUCUGUAUAUAAUAACAAAGAAAUCAAUAUUAUUUCUCAUCCUCAUAUUUCACAGACCAGUAUUAACGAAUGCAAUGAUAAGGAGAUUCAGAAAGACCAGAAAGUUAAAAGUGAAGUGCAGAUUUUGCCAGCAGUAGGGUGUGUGUAUAAGGAAAAAGGUAGGUAUGAAAAAGUGGGUAGAGAUGAUUUCCAUAAAAUUAGUGCAAGUCAGGGACCUGCAGAGAAGCCUGGGAUGCAAAACAUUACAAACGUAGAACAUGUAGAAUUUAACGAAAAGAGUUCUAGUGAGACAGACCUGAAGAAAUUUGACUCAAGGAUUUCAGUUGCAGGAAAACCUGAAAGAUAUGAAAAUUCUCAAAAUAUUAGUGAUACUGGAUAUAAUAUUAGUGUAAUAAGAAUAGCACCAAAAGGAGAACCAUCCUUCAUUCAGAAUAAUAAGGUAGGUGCAGAAAAAGGGGGAUUUAAUGGGGAAUGCACAGAGAAAGAAUUCAGUGAUAAACAGUCAUUAAAAAAAACAGUUAUCUCUCAGAGGGAAUAUGAGCAGCUGUUUGGAUCAUUAGAAGAGGAUAAGACUAAGGUAUAUAACUUUGAGGGUUUUCAUAGUUCUUUACCAGAAAGAAGGUGGGAGGAUGAGUACUUUGGGGAGGAUGUUUUGGCUGAAGAAGCAUUUGAAGGUUUUGUUUCAGUUAGUACACACACCAGUACUGAUCAUUCUGAAAGACUUGUAGAUUGUAAUAAUCAGGCUCAAGCUAAUAUUAGCUCUAGCACUAUUCAAGUGUAUGAAAGAGAAAAGUCAUUAAGACCAUUUAAUUUAGAUGAUGGAAGAGCCUGUCAUGAAUGUCAGCUAUUAUUUGAAACUAAUGAGGAAAAAUAUCAGCAUCAGCGAAUUGGUCAUAGGCGUGUUUAUGAGUGUGUGCUGGAUGAAGGCCAUUGUAGAAAGAUUAUUGGAGCUGUGCAGUAUCAUGCACAUUUAUGGGAACACCAUGAGCCUUUAAUUGCACGAAUGCUGGAAGAUCUCGCUGCUGAUGUUACAUCGUGUACUCUGGCUGGGUCGACCUCUAACCUUACUCGCCCAUGUCGAGUAUGCUUGUGCUUGUUAGCACAGCCCACUCGACAGUUACAUGAGCUUUUGGUACAUGGACAAGUGUCAAGUAUGCUGACUUUGGGCUCUCCAUCUCCACAGGCAAGUGUGUGGUGGACAGGUAAGGGUUUGUCAUGGACAUGUCACCAGUGCUGCUCUACCUCUUUGGUUCAAAAUCCUCAGCACUUCUUGAUGGUAUGUGCUCCACAUGCCUUCCCAAAGAUAUUAGCAAACCACCUGGUAAAUGUUCAUCUAUUGAGCGAUACUUUAUUGCAUGGUUGGUGGUUGCUAUUACGUCUUCUUCAUGUUUUGCCUCCACUUUGCCGAUCAUCAUUGUCCUCAAUGUUAGCUCUUGGAUUACACAGCAAUAUAUCUUUUGCACGUUGUCUAAUAUGUAAACGGUCUUUAGCAUUUAUUGUGAGUCCACAGUUGGAUGAAUCACGUGGCUUGUGUGGGGGGUGUUGGGGUAUAGUGAAAGACAGCCUUUCAUGCUGGUAUCUUUGUGGAUACUCAUGUCCAGGUAAUCAAUUUCAGUUAACUUCCCACCUAAUUGCAAAUCACAAGAAUCAGAUAGCAGGAGGCUGGUGUGUAUUUUGUGGACUGUGGGCAAACUCCCUACUUCCUCAUGUAUUUAGGCAUACAUUUGUUAAAAAAUGUGCUCCACGUUUUACAUGUAGUUUUUGCCCUGCUAUCUUAAUUGAACAGGAUGUCUUGUCUUGGGUGGUGCACUCUUGGGGAUGUCAUGUUUUUCCUUGCCCAUUUCCUACAUGCAAGACUCGCCUUGAUUUUGAGCCAGGUGAGCAGCCUAUGCUUGGGCAAACAGUGGCUCAUUCAUCUAUACAUCUAGCUUCCCAUAUUAAUGCAUGUCAUCUUCCCAGUGAGGAAGAAUUAAACUUAGAUGAAAUAAGUUUAAUUCUUCAGUGGGUUCGCGGAGGGCGUGGAGGACUACUGUCUUCCUUGGAUGCUCAGUCACUAAAUGCAGUCUGGCAUAGUCAUACUGGGGACUUGUUUACAUUACUUGGUGUAGGUCACCACCUAACUCCUUCUGCUACUGUAAAAGUAUGGACAUCAUGUGUGCUGUGUGGAUGCUCAACUACUCUGACACUAAGGUAUGCAGACCUGAGCCCAGCACCCCUAUGUCCACAUUGCCAUCUGGCUCUCCAUCGGUGCCAGGCUGGUCCACCUUGGCAUUGCCCUGCUCAAUCUUGUAGCUUUUAUAGUCCACAAGCAUCUGGUCUUUAUGAUCAUCUUAUGGAAUCCCCUAAACAUCGGCAAACAAUAAAACCACCCUUAAAGUAUGUUAAACUACCAAGUUGUUGUUCAAAGUGUAAUAUGUCCAGGAUGUUUAAGGAUCGUCUGACAUUAUUUUGUCACCAGUUGUUGUCACACACUCUUGCUUGCUUAAUUUGUCCUUUUCAUGCUGUAACAAUUACAUCUCUGCAACACCAUCGGACUACUUGUCAUGAUCUGAGGUCUUUGGAUGCUGUUUGGGUACGCCUUAACCAUAAGCAACAGGUAAAAGAAAAGUACAAAAUGCAACAUCCGAAGGUAGUAGAUAAGGAUGAUGGAUGUGUGAUUCUUGUAGGUAUUAAUGCAAGUGGUGGUGUUGUAGCACAAUGUGACCCUUUAAUUUAUGUUCCUUUGUUAAUGGACACCCCUCAAGGAAACAUUCAAGAGAAUUCAGUGGAGGAGAUGGGAAGUAACCAUGAGGUUAGGGAGGAGACUGUAGAGAGUGAGGAUGAUGCAGUUCCUGGCUGGUGCGGGUCAUUGUGUACAGUAUCUAUGUCUCCCCACAAAUUUACUCCACCCACCAGUGACCUUACAGUUUCACCUGACAAAAAUAUCACCUUUAAGAAAGAGACAGUAGAGGCAGGACAGCAGAUUGCAGAUACACCACAUGUUCCUGAUUCUGGAAUAUCAGAAAUUGUGAAGACGGAUGAAAGCAGUGUGCUGUCUUCUGGAGUCAAAGACUAUGAAAUAAAAAAAGUGGAGGAGGACAAUGAAGUAGAACAGAAAGAUGCAGAUGAUGAUGAUGACAGUGGGAGUGAGCCACCUUUACAGAUUGAUACAGCUGCUGCAUCACCUAACUCGCCACGUGGCUCUUGUCCACCCAGUCCUGGGUCUAAUUUACCUAACUCGAAUGGUAGUCAGGCAGACACUGUUUCAUCUGCUAUACCCACUAGCAUGGAAGGAAAUCCAUCUUCAGAAAUGAAAGACUUGGAGAGCACAAAAGCUUCUCCAUCUAUUUCGUGUUCUAAAGCUUCACCAUCUAAGGAAUUUAGUAAGUCUGACAGACAAGAAAAUUCAGACCCCUCACAGUCAGAAGGAGGAACACCAACUUUUGGAUUAGUUGAUACUCUUAACAAUGUUGUGGCACAAACUAUUCGGACUAUGACUGAGGCCUUAACAGAAUUACAAAAAAAUGGUGAAGAGAAAGAUAAAGAUGUUCCAUCAGAACAAACCAAGUCUCAAUCUGUAUCAGAGAUGGUGCCACAUAAAUCUGUUCAGGAGGUAGAAUACGCUGUUAAAAAGAAGAUUCCAAGGGAGAAACAAAGUAGGAGAGGAGAGCCAAAGGCUGUACCAAAGGGCCUUGGGGAAAAUGCCGAUAUUGAUGAGACUUCUAUGGGGGAGAACAUUUUGCGUGAUCUUAGUGAUAAAUUUACUGGUCAGUGUGUAGAAUGUGGUGUGAGUGUUCUUUUACCUCGCCUUUUACUACAUGUGAAUGAAGCUCACCCUCGUUCACUUGUUACCUGUACUUGUGGAGCUUUUCAAGGAAGUCUCUAUGCUUUUUUGGUUCACUCUUUCCAUUUAUCCCACUUGCCAAGUGAGGCACGUCCCUUUGUAUUAACUGAGCAAGAUGGAACCCAAAGGACCAUGGUAGUACUGGAAGCUAGAGCCUCUCCUUCCAUUAGUUACACUUUUCCAUGCUUUAAAUGUGGCAAACGCUUUAAACAGGAAAAGUCCAGACAACUUCAUUACAAUUUGUGUAAACUUGAAAAAAAGUUUGAGUGUGAAGUCUGUGGAGAAAAGUUUGUGCGUGAUCAUCACCUGGUCAAACACAAAGAAUGGAAACACAAUCCCCAGACUUGCCCUCACUGUGGAAAGUGUUUUACUUCUGAGGUCUCCUUAACUCAACAUGUUCUUCAUAUUCACAAAAAGCAGUUAAUUCACAAAUGUGAACAUUGUGGUGAUCGUUUUGGCACUCGCUCGAGGUUAAGAGUCCACAUACGUAUUCACACAGGGGAAAGACCACAUAAAUGCCAACAUUGUACACAGGCAUUUGUGUCAAGAAAUUUGUUGGCAAAACAUGUGGCUACUGACCACCCUAGCCAGUCAGCUAAUUACCAGUCUGACUCCAGCGAAGACUUGAGUAAAUACAAAAGCCGAAAGCAUAGAACCUCCUUGGACAAGACAGUGAAGGACAAAAGCAACAAGAACAGUGAUUCAGGGUCAGACAGUUCAGAGUGCGAAGCACCAGUAGAAGCAGAUUCAGUUCCACCUCGCAAAUUUGACGAUGAUGACAAAGCAGCUGAAGAGGAAUUCCAGACUAGGCUUGUUAUGCUAGCAAUGACAGAGUCAGAUUUAGAUACUUCAGAUACAGACACUGAAAAAUCUCCUGUUAAUCCUAAGAAAAAUACACAGAACAAGCCAGUAAGUAACAAACAGAAAGUACCCGAACCAGUAAAAGUAGAGAAAGAUGAAACAUACCAGGAAGAAGAAUUACAAAGUCAUCAUUUAGAUAUUCACGGGAAGCAUGCAGAACAGAAAAGACGAAAAUUAGUGGAUGGUUCCAGUGGUGUAGUUGGAGCUAUUGGCGGAACGGUUGAUGAAAAUCCACCAUCUCCUAAAGUGCGAGAAGACAUGGUGCAGAUAAUUGACCGUGCUGUAGGAAUACGGUGUGGCCCGUGCCAUUUGACAUGGAAUGACCCAGCAGGAAAAUUGCUUCAUAUGUACCUGGUUCACCCUCAGCUUGUUCUAAACUUAGGACUCACUGACUGUGCUUUUUGUGACCAUUCUUUCACAACUGCAGAUGACAUUAAUGAUCAUCAUUUAGCUUAUCACCAACGUGCAAUGCUACCAAAUGGAACAUUUCGAUGUUUAUGUGGCUUGGUGUUUCGUGAGGAUGGAGCUUAUUACUUUCAUCUUUAUUAUGCUCAUAAAGCUCAAAGAGCACUGAAUGUUGGUGGAGAGAUUGUGUGUCGUGUGUGUGAAGCUCGGCCUCGUCUUAACAAGAUUGUCGACUUGGUUGUGCAUCUUAGUGACACACAUACAAUGUUUGAUCAUGUAAGAGUUAAUGAUGCAUACAUGUGUAAUUUUUGCUACAAGGCUUUUGAAUCAUGGACUGUUCUUAGCCUGCAUUUUUUCAUGGUACAUAAAGCUACUAAGAGUCAGACACUUAGUUAUGAUUGUCCGUACUGUGAUGGAGCUUCACCUUGGCAUUCUCUCGAAGCUUUACAGUAUCACUUGGAUAAUGUACACCCUGCUCGACACCGUGUGCACAAAGUUCCAGAGAAUUCGUGUAGUAUAUAUAUGCCUGCUACUCGUGUUGCUUCAACCACAUCCACACAGUCAUAUUCAGGGAACAAGAGGAAGAAAUCCAUGACCACUGGUGGUGGCAAACCACCUCCAAAAAAGCGAAAACGAAUGUCAAAGAAGGGUCCUCGUGAUGAUGGAGGCAACAUGGAGGCAGAUGAAACUCUUUAUUGCAUAUGUCAGUGUCCUUAUGAUGAAGUAUCUGACAUGAUAGGCUGUGACAAUCCUUCUUGUCGUUACCAGUGGUUUCAUUUUGAAUGUGUGGGAAUUAUGGCUGCUCCAGAGGGUAAUUGGUAUUGUCCUGAGUGCACAACUACUCUCAAAUCAACCCAUAAACAGCAACCACAUGCUGAUCUUUAUGAAUAUUAUAGUAACUAUGAUGCGGAUUCUCAUCCGGCACCAAAACCACCCAGCCAACGACACCGCUCCUCGUCAUCGUCGUCAUCUUCCUCCUCCUCCUCCUCUUCAUCCAGUGACUCCUCCUCAUCCUCUUCAAGUAGUGAUUCUAGCAGUGAUAAUGAAAAUGAAAAUAAUCAUAAUAAUGACUGAUAUUUUUUUCAUAUUUUUCAGUUAAUUUCAAUAGUGUAUGAAGUCCAAACUGUAAAAAAAGUGUUGAUCCUUCACUGCUUAAACCUUUAAAUAAUAAUCUGGUUUCAUAUCUUCUCUUUAUUGUUCUUCUAUCCUAUAUUUUCUUAGUCUUAUUCUUUACAUCUUUGUCCCUUUGCUUUAGGAAUAUCUUGUUUCACUUAACAUUUAUUUUUUUAAAAUCUGUUUCUUCCUUCUUCAUAAUUGAAAGUUAUUAUUGCAGUAGAAAUGGUGUUAUAGGUACAGUACCUGAAAACUGGAACUGGUAAGAGAGCACUGAUAUAUGGAACACUAACUUUAAACUCUAAAACCAUUAGUGUACAAUUGACAUUACCUUAUACUUGGGUCUAGCCUGUAUUGCUCUUGAUCAUGUUUUGUCCAUGUGACGACAACUUAUAUUUGCUGUGUAAGUUAUUCAUUCCUAAGUAUUAAUAAAGGAAUAAGCCCAGAUGUUAAGAGUAGCUUCAUGAGAACAAUUUUAAUCAUGAUUGUGUAUAAUAAACUUUAAUCAUGUGCAAGUUUGACAGCACUUAGGGUUGGAAAUACUGGAUUGCUGUGCCAAAUAGCAUCAAGCUAUCAUUUGUUGCAGUUUUUAAUUGGUCUGUUAGAGACUGUAAUGUAGCAAAACACAUUAAUUAUAUUGUACGAUUUAUAUAAUAUUCAACAAAUAGGAUGAUAGAGAAAAUUUCCAUGUUUAUCGAUGUUUUAUCAUGGGUAGGAUGAUUUGGUUCAAGUUAAGAACUUGAGAAAAUCUCAUUGGAAUUUUUGUUACUAUGAAGGGAUUUUGCUUGUAGUCUUUAGUAAAUGCAUUAUUUUCUUAAAAUUUUUUGAGGAGAGGAAAAUUGGUUAUACCUGUUUUUUUUUUUCAGUAUUAAUUAUCCAUACCUAUAUUUGGUCAUACAGUACGUAGUAAAAUCCUGGAUGUUUUCACUUCUGGUCUUUGUUUUUAUCAUAUAAGCCAUGUAUUACAAAAUGUUCAUGUUGAUAUGUACCUCGACAUUUGGCAGGGAAGAAAAUGUGCAUUGGCUCAUUAUUUUGGAUGCUUAUUAAAAUUAGUG